CCCAAAAUGCAACGGCAACAGUAAUUAGGUAGUGGGAUGUCCAUCCGUAUAAAAAAUUGAAACCAAUUGAGAUAAUGAGAGAUAACGGUUCAUCAGAGAGGUGGACAACACAGCACCAUGGGAAUAUAAACUGCAACGUAUGACUAGCAUGAAUCAUUUUGAUAUUGGUUCUUGUGUACAUUUGAAGAAAUUUAGCUUUUCAAAAAAUGAGUCCAAUCAGAAUUACAACUGCGGACAGUCUCGACUAUCGUUACAUACCCAUCACAAAAAACAGCGUUAGUUUAGGCAUUAAAGCUAGCCACGAUGCAAGGAUUGCCUUACGGACACAUCUUGGUGGUGACUCCAAUGUAUAUGAGAUUAUUAUUGGAGGAUGGGGAAAUACUAUGUCAGCGAUAAAAAGAAAUAAUAUAGAACCAGAUGUGGCAGAAGCAGACACUAGAGACAUUCUGAAUCCUGAUGAGAUAUGUGAUAUUUUCAUACAAUGGUCUUGUGAUGGACUAUUAAGUGUUAGCCGUGAGGAUGAUUUUGACAUGCCGUUCAUGUCUUAUAAAGACAGAAGCCCAUUUGUCAUAAAUUAUAUAGGAGUUAGUACUGCUUGGGGUGCAACCGGAGAAUGGAUAAUUGAAGAAUGCCAGUUUACAUCCCCUGCUAUCAGACAGCAACUGAUGGACACGUGCCACUUCUGGGUGGAUUUCAGUGAAGCAUUUGGACUACCUCGCAACGCAGUGAUGGCUUCUGAGGAUGGUUUGUACAUCGGUAGAGCACAUCAUCAAGGCACGGUGACCCCAGGUGGAAUUCGUGACAACGUCUGCACAAUCGCAUGGGGCGGAAAUGGCCAUGAGAAACGAGAGUUCCAGGUGUUGUGUGGCAAGGACGUGAAUUGGGUAAAAUCUUGGGAGGGUAGUGUGCCUCUACAUGCUCUACCUGCUGGUGAAACCGAGGAUGGUUACGCUUUAUUCGUAGGCAGAGUAUUGCACGAAGGAAUUUACCACAUUGGCAAGAUACAACCGAAUCAUCAAGUGUGUUAUAUACCGUUGAAUGGUCAAGAAAUGCCCUAUCUGGAGUACGAGACUUUAGUCAUUCAUGACAACUACGGGGUCGAGUGUAUCGGAAGGUAAAGUGACGAACGGCUUAGAGACAGAAUGUAUUUAUUUUUUCACGA